AUGGGACUGCACCACCUGAUGAUCGGGACAUGGACUCCCCCAGGAGCCAUCUUCACCGUGCAGUUCGACGACGAGAAGCUCGAGCUGAAGCUCAUCAAGAGAACUGAGAUCCCGGAGGACGAGCCGAUCUCAUGGAUGACCUUCGACCACCAAAAAAAGAACCUAUACGGGUCCGCCAUGAAGAAGUGGUCCAGCUUCGCGGUCAAGAGCCCGACUGAGAUCGUCCACGAGGCCUCACACCCCAUGGGCGGAGACCCCAAAGCAAACGACGCCACAACCAACACGCGCGCCAUCUUCCUCCUAGCAGCCAAGAAGCCGCCCUACAACGUGUACGCGAACCCCUUCUACAAGCACGCGGGCUACGGCAACGUCUUCAGCGUGUCCGGCACGGGCGCCCUCGCCCAGAACACGCAGAACUACCCCUACCAGCCCAACACAGGCAUCCACGGCACCGUCUUCGACCCGACCGAGACGUACCUGUACUCGGCGGACCUGACGGCCAACAAGCUGUGGACGCACCGCAAGGACCCGGCGACGGGCCACCUCGAGCUGGUCGGCAGCGUCGACGCGCCCGACCCGGGCGACCACCCGCGGUGGGUGGCGAUGCACCCGACGGGCAACUACCUGUACGCGCUGAUGGAGGCGGGCAACCGGCUCUGCGAGUACGUCAUCGACCCGGCGACGCGCACGCCCGUGUACACGCACCACUGGUGGCCGCUGAUCCCGCCGGGCACGGAGCCGACCAGGGACGCGGCGACGGGGAAAGGGCUGUACCGGUCCGACGUGUGCGCGGUGAGCUUCUCCGGGGGCUACCUGUUCGCGACGAGCCGGGCGAACAAGUUCGAGCUCACGGGGUACAUCGCGGCCUUCAAGCUGCGCGCCUGCGGGAGCGUGGAGCGGCAGAUCUGCCUCAACCCCACGCCCACGAGCGGUGGGCACUCGAAUGCGGUGGCGCCGUGCGACUGGAGCGAUGAGUGGCUUGCGCUCACGGACGACCAGGAGGGGUGGGUUGAGAUCUACCGGUGGAAGGAUGAGUUCCUCAUUCGUGUGGCGAGGACGCGCAUCCCGGAGCCUGGGUUUGGGAUGAAUGCUAUCUGGUAUGACUAG